AUGAUUUUUUCCGCACUCUUGAUCCUUGUGGCAGCUGCUGCUACCAUUGCGCCAUCCCAAGGCUGUCCCUACGUGCGGCGGUCUCUACAAAAUGGUAAUGGUAAUGGGCAUGGUGGCGGUGGUGGCGGUGGCGGACAAGCCAGCGAGGCCUAUGUUCAAGAGCUCCUCGACAGCCAUUUUAAAGUUAAUCGAGAGGUGAUUUAUCACAGCGAUGGGUCCAUCACAACAAAGACCUUUUCAGACGAUGCGCAAGUUGCAGGCUGGUUACAAGUCCAUGUGGCCGAGAUGAAGGCCCGAGUUGACGCGAACAUGUACGUUCGCAGCUGGGACCCGUUUUUCGUUUCCAUGGUUGAUCAUCACGAAGAAACUUCCGUCGAGCUUAACAACUUGAGCAAUGGUAUUCAAGUGGAGCUGAGUGCGUCCACCGAUUGUGGACAGUCACUGAUCGAGGCUCACACGAAGGUUGUUAGCUUGUUCGUCGAGACUGGACGAGAAGAGUCGUCGAAGGCCCAUGAAGUUCCGGAUGCAUGCCAAGUCGCAUCUGGAAGUUCUCCUACGCCAGCUCCUACUUCAUCACCUGUGUCUGGAGUUCUUCCUACUCUAGCUCCCUCUACAGCACCUGUGUCUGGAGCUUCUCCUACGCUAGCUCCCACUACACCACCUGUGUCUGGAGUUCUUCCUACUCUAGCUCCCUCUACAGCACCUGUGUCUGGAGCUUCUCCUACGCUAGCUCCCACUACACCACCUGUGUCUGGAGUUUCUCCUACGCUAGCUCCCACUACACCACCUGUGUCUGGAGUUUCUCCUACGCUAGCUCCCACUACACCACCUGUGUCUGGGGUUUCUCCUACGCUAGCUCCCACUACACCAUCUAUGGCUGAAGCUUCUCCUACUACACCACCUGGGGCUGAAGCUUCUCCUACAUUUGCUCCCACUACACGACCCGUUUCGUCUGAAGUUUCUCCCACGCUAGCUCCCUCUUCUUUACCAGGAGGAAAAGGGGAUUUGGCGGACUCCUCGUCUCCGGCUUCGUCACAUGGACUAUUUUCAAUCUUGAUACUGUCAGCUCUGAUAUCUCUGAUGAUGAUGCUAUGA